UGCCUGAACUCUAACGCCUGUCAGAGGCGUCGCUUGAUCCUUCACAUGUUCCAGUGCGUAUGAUCUCUGAGAAAGGUCUUGACAUGGCUGAUUUUAGUUCAGGCUUUGAUAUGCCGUUGGCUAGUUCUUCAGAAAGCGCCGAUGCUUCGGAGCUUCAGCGUCUGAUUGCUGUGGAGCAGCAGAAAGCGCAGUUUCAAGCGCAGGUACACAACUUUACGGAUGCUUGCUGGGAUAAAUGUGUGGACAAACCGAGCAGCAAAUUGGACUCACGAACUGAGACGUGUCUCGUAAGCUGCGUGGAACGUUUCAUCGACACAACCCUUACCAUCACGAAUCGCUUUACACAGAUGGUCCAGAAGGGCGCGCAUUGAUGAAGGACAGUGUGUCCUCAAAGACAGUUUGCACAUAUUGUCGUUAUUUUUAUGGUGUCUGUUUACUUCCCGCAUGGUCUGUCAAAGAGUCUGUUCCUGUAAUAUCUAAAGCCUUUGCUCACACUCUCUGAAAUGUUUAUAAAAUUAUAGCUGAUCCAUUAGAACAGCAAGCAAAGAUUAUUCACAAUGUGACGAACGAAUGUUUGCUGUCCAUUAUCAUCAAUACAUGUAGUUUGCAUUUUGCUGUACCAUUUCCAUCACUGCAGUACAGUUAUACAUCUGUCAAACUAUUCCGGGUUUGAUUGACUUAAUAAGUGGAUACUUUUCAAUUAUGAAAUGGAACAAAAAUGAAAUGAGCUGGGGUUUUACCUGAAAAUAAAACGGCUUUAAGAACAGUUUUGAAUAACUUCACAAAAAAAUAAAAUAAUAAUAAUAAUAAUAA